AACGUUCAAGAAUGAAAUCAACUCUUGGAAAUUUGGAGGAUAAAGAAUCACGUCUACGAUCUCGUAUGCUAUGCAGCUUAAAUUUGUACAACUUUUGACAAAGUGGAAAGUCAUAGACAAGUAAUUUCAUCUUAGUAGUGAAGAAGCAUUUAGUUUUCUUCUAGUGAACAGGAAUUUUGUUAAUCCAUAUUAUUUCUGGAAAUCUUGAAAUUAGUGAACAUUCAUAUAGUACGGAAUAAGGAUCAUGUCUUCAGCUUGGAGUCAAUUAGAACAACUUCUCACUUGCGCGAUCUGUUUGGACAGGUAUAGAAACCCAAAACUACUUCCUUGCCAACAUACAUUCUGUACAGACCCGUGUUUGGAGGGUCUUAUUGAUUAUGGUCGCCGGCAGAUAAAAUGCCCAGAGUGCAGAGCGGAGCAUCGAAUUCCAUAUCAGGGAGUUCAGACAUAUCCUACAAAUGUGACUUUGGUGAGGUUUUUGGAGCUUCAUAGAGAUGUCACUGGGGAAGAGCCAGAACCUCCACCAUCCAUGAUGGAGCGCUGCGUCAUAUGCAGUGAGAAGGCUUGCGUCAUUAAGUGUGCCCAUUGUGAUAAGAAAGUAUGCGAUGAAUGUAGAGAGGCUCACACAGAUAUUCUUCGUCGGGAAAUCGGUCGAAUUAACAACCAGGUCAGAAGAGGUCUUCAAAGGCUGUCUGAAGGUUUGAUGACUACCCAAAACAACACAGAAAAACUUAAGCAAAACUGUGGCAAGGUUAAGGAUGAAAUAGAAGAACUGGUUCGUCGCUGUACCAAAGAUUUAAAAGACUCAGAAGACAAACUCCUUUUGGAGCUAGAUGAGUAUUUGCAAUCUGAGUUGUGCCAGAUGAAACAGUUGAAAAACCAGUUGGAGGUUGAAGUGGAAAAUUUGAACAGCAACUGUGAACUUGUAGAUAAGUAUGUCAAUGAAGAUAUGGAAUGGACAGAUGUCGAACUUGUACAGUACAAAGAAAUAUUUGUGAAAACUUUAGAAUUCAUACGAAACUUCGAAAGCGAUCCUUCAGAUUUUUCUCGUCGUGUUAGAUUCCACACCCGAACUGAUUCCGAUGUUGUACAUCGAAUGUUGAUAGAUUUAGGAGAGCUAAAUAUUUCUGCAUUGACUUCAAAACCCUCAAUUACUGUAUCUCCACCACCAUCUAAUGCCCUGAUGAGAAGCCAGAGUGAUCAUCGGUUAGCCAGUCAAUUUCAGCGUCGUCAAGAAGGGAGAACACAAUUUGACCUUAAUAGAGUUUUGGGAAGUCAUACCAGUGAGUUAGAACGAGAAAGCAGUUCCAGUGGCUUUGCCCGAAACUGGCGAGAAUGUGGAGAGGGAAGCAGUUACAAGCGUUUUGGAGAGCGAAGAGAUUAUGACAUAUCUGAUAGAGAGAGAGGAAGAAAUAGAUAUUUAAAAGACGAAAGUGGAGCUUUAACCUAUAGAAACUGGCGAGACGCAGAUGCUGACACAUCUACCUACCGAUCUCGAUUUACUAGAGAUCACUCUGACGAAAGUCAAGAACAAGAAGUAAAUACUGGGCGAAGUGUCCGUUUUGAGGAACCCCCUGAAAAACAAGAGAACUUAUUUAAAACAAGUGACGUCACUAAGGGUCCCUUGAGUGGAGUGGUAAAAUUAAUAGAUUCUCCAUACUUCAUGGAAAGACUCCACCAGAACGAAGUUCGUCAGAAACAGCAAAAAUUGGAAAAAGAACAGCAGGAGAAAGAACAAUCUAAUCCUAUACCUUCCAAUCCUGUUCCUGUACCUCCACGACGGCAAACAAACCGUCAACUCAGUGAAGAUGAAAUAGAAAAACAAAAGAAACAAAAUCAAGCAGCAGCUGCUGCAGCUGUCCCUUCAAAUGCAUCUACACCUGAGGUCAGCCCACCACCUACUCCAAACCCUGAUUCCUCAAACCGUCCUCUAACCAGAAGAGUUUCAACUCUACAAAAAUCUGAUGAUUCUACAGCUAAAUGUAAGAGCCCCGAUCUGACGCAGAACACCCAAAGAUCAGUAGAAUCUCCAGUGUCUGUUGUUUCUCCUGGGGCAUCAUCUUCCUCAUCUCCUGUAUCAAGUCCACCUCCCACUCCUACUAACCUCGAAUCACCAGGACGCCCCCUUACCAGAAGAGUAUCAGUAACUGCAGAAAUUAUAUGAGUCAAAGCAAAGACUAAAACUCCUGAGUCAUCAAAACGCACUUAUAAAUCAGGAGCAUCUUCUUCAGAUGGUUCUACAGAAAGCAGGAUGUCAUCAAGACGGAGUUCCCAACAAGAUGAUGUUCCAGAUACCUCAGUUCAACGUCUAGCAAAAAAGCACGAAGGAAGUUCAUCAAUUGAGCCGGAACCUGAAAGAACAAGUGUUGCACGUACAUCAGAAGUAUCACACCCUUUGCGGGAAGAUGACAGGCCAAAGUCCAGGUCUCUCCGUUCCCCACUGGGAAAGACUCAGUCGGCAGAAGUGGAUGGUAAGCAAGGCAGUCCUCCAGUGAUCAGUCCCACCUCUCGCAGAAAUGAUAGUUCAUUAGGAAGAAAUUCGUCACAAGCUAAGGAAAGUGAGGAAAAAAAGACUCCAGUUCAGUCUUCUUUCUAUGGAAGACUUCUUGGCCAGCAAGCUACCCCAAAGACUCAAGUUCAAGAAGAGGAUAGCGAAACUGAAAGUGAAAGCGAAGUCAGCAGUACAGAAACAGAAAGUGAAGAACCAGAAGAGCCUAAGAAACUGAAUAUUAGCGUGAAUAAUCCUACUGCCACAACCACACCUUCUCGAAGAGCACAAAAUUCCCGACAAAGUGUUGAUUUAUCUGGUAAAGAUGUUUUUCCCUCUACGGGAUCCCGUCUUUCUCAUUAUGAUACACUUAAAGAAGAGAACAAAAACCGAUCAGCUGCAAGGAACAGUUUGAUUCGUGACGAGGAGUCUCAAUAUCCAAGUAGAUAUGACAGCUCCAGCCGAAGAGCAGCACUUGAGGACGAUACCAGGGACAGUACAUCUGCUUAUAAACGAUACUUGGCACGUAGCCGUAGCUCAGCAGGCCUAGGUAGAUUGUCCAUUAACCGUGAUGAUAGGUCAGAAGAUCUUUUUAGGGGUGCUUCAGACCGGUACCGAUAUGACACCAACGUUGGAAGUAAUCUCCGCCGUAGCAGAGUUUCCCGCAGUAAGAGCUCGGCCGAUAUUCUUGCAGGCGAAGAAAGCCCAGAUGAUGACUUGACAACACAUCGGCGUAGGAAGAGUUCCACAUUUAAGUCCAGUAGAGAUGAUAGCCCUGAUGAUACAACACUUACUGGAUCAAGAUCUUGGGCAAAAUAUAUACGAGAUAAGUAUGGAUCACGCCCAUCAACAGGUCUUGGUAGUUCUGCACUUCGUAGUCGUACUUCUCGUGGUCUUUAUUCCAAAAGUGAUAGUGAUGACAGCUCAGAUGAAGAAUCUCCUAAAGGACGAAGUUCAGAAUCUCCAUCUUCCAGACGUUCCAGAAGCCAGUCCUAUUCAUUUAAUUAUCCAAGAAUUUCUUACAUGCAUAAACGAAAAUGUAUUAUGAAAGUGGGUGUCAGGGGGAGUGAACCAUCAUGUUUCACGUGGCCCAGAGGAGUCUGUGUAGGACCAGACAACACCAUUGUUGUAGCAGAUAGUAGUAACCACAGAGUCCAGGUUUUCGACUCCACCGGAAAGUUUUUACAAAAAUUCGGUACUUAUGGAAGUGCAGAGGGAGAGUUUGAUUGUCUAGCUGGCAUAGCUGUCAACAGGAUCGGGCAAUUUAUCGUCUCUGAUCGUUACAACCACCGGAUUCAAAUCUUUGAUUCCUCGGGCAAGUUCUUGAGGGUCUUCGGCAGUGAGGGUCGUCUUGAUGGAAGAUUUAACUAUCCCUGGGGAAUUACUACUGACAGUCUAGGUUUCAUCUAUGUCUGUGAUAAAGAAAACCACAGAAUUCAGGUCUUCCAGUCAGACGGUACCUUUGUGGGGAAGUUCGGUACUUUUGGAACCCGGCCGGGUCAUCUUGAACACCCACAUUACAUAGCUGUCAGCAAUACUAAUCGAGUCAUUGUGAGCGAUAGCAACAACCAUCGCAUCCAGAUCUUCGACGUCAACGGCCGUAGCUUAUCUACUAUAGGAAAUGAAGGAUCGGAAGAGGGACAGUUUAAGUUUCCCCGAGGAGUCGCUGUUGAUGACCAGGGAUACAUCAUCGUAGGAGACAGUGGAAAUAAUCGUAUCCAAAUCUUUCACCCUGAUGGCUCCUUCCUUAGGGCUUUUGGAAGUUGGGGAGCCGGAGAGGGAGAGUUUAAGGGGUUAGAGGGUAUAGCUGUUACGUCAAAUGGAUCUAUCCUCGUUUGUGACAGGGAAAACCAUCGUAUCCAAAUGUUUUAAAACAAUGGAUUCAUGUAGAGAAAUAUUUUAGAAUCCAUUGACUGAUGAAAAACGUUCCUCUUUAUCAGCAGUUAUUUAUCUCUCCAUCGUCAGAGUUAGAAAGACCCUCAUUUUAACCGUUUACCUCUCUGUCACUAGAAUUAUAUAGGAUAGUCUCAGUAGUUACUUUAUCACUCCAUAAGCGAUGAUAGAAAGACCCUUACUUUAACACAUUAUUUCUCUCUCCGUCAUCAGAGAUAGAACAGUUUAACUGAUUUCUGUCAUGAUAGUUAGAAAGGUCUUUACUUUAGUUAACAGUUUAUUGAUUUCUUCGUUAUCAGAGUUAAAAAGACCCUCACUUUAACAUAUUACCUAUCCUUCAGAGAGUAAGAAAUAUUUUAUCUUCAACAGUUUGUUCAUCUUGUUGUCACCUAAGUUCAUUCUUAAAGUGACUCGUUUCUUUGAAAAGCAUUCCGUGAAUGAGUCAGGCAUAUGCAAAAGCACAUCCACUGGGAAGCAUUGAAAAAGUCAUGACUCACUUUUUUGUCGGUUUUUUUUUUGUUUUUUGUUAGCUAAUGCAGUUUUGAGUUUCCAUUACUUAUUCUCGAAAGUCUUUCGGAUUCUUUGUUAUAUGUAGAAUGCAUUUCAUGUCAGAACAAAAUUUUUUUUUUCUCUUUCGAGUAUUCAAGUUUAUAUUGAAAGGCGUUUCCUUCAGAUUUUCCAGGUUUAUUUUCCAGUAAUAUUUUCGUCAAUACAUCUUAAAUUCAGUAUUAAUGAUCUCUAAUAUAUAUAAAACUUCUCGUGAUUUUAACAGUUCAUUUCUUUCUGGAUUAGCGAUUGAAAGAAUUCAUAACUUUAGAGUUGUCUUCAUUUCUCAAACGUAUCAGGUAUUUGGUGUACUCUAGAUUUCUGUUAAUCUGUGUUACUCUCAUUACAAAGUUGAAGAAACAGCCAAAUAUUUUGAAAUGUGUGGGAAUAACUAUCAUAGCACUGCAGAUUAAAAUAACUUUUAUUAAUACUCUUAAUAAGCUUUGGUUUUGAAUGAAAAGGAUUGAUUGAGGCAGAUGGAUGGAUACGUGUAAAAUAGGAUGGAUUCAGGGUAUUGAAAACCUGAUCUUGUGUGAAAAGUGAACCGCAUUGUUGCUCCAAAAUCCUCUUGAAGUGACAAUUACGUCUGGUUUUGUCCUCUAUUUUUAAAUAGCAUUAAGUGCUUGGAAACAUUUUGUUAAAACUUGAAGAGUUUAAGUUCUUUAGUAUUAUUGGAACUAAUAUUUAUUUUCACACUCUGUGAGACGUUUGGGACUGGAAUGAUGAUUAGAGAAACACACGAAUUUAUUGAUAAAAAAUGAGAUAUAACGAAUCAGGGGCAUUUUUCUGAAUUUUGUUUCUGACAUUUUUAGAUAUAUACGAGUUUCUAUGCAAGUGUAAGUGUUAUUGGUAUAUGUUUGUAUGAGUGCUGAGUUUUGUAACUCGUUCUUAUCUAUAAAUAGUGAUCUUCACCGCUUUGUUUGUAAAAGUUAGUUGAGUAUUAACUAAAAUAAAUACUUGAUUUUACA